CGUUCUCGACGCUGAUGGAGAAGAUGCAGCUAGCGCUCUGGCCUGCGAGAUUUUAACCAUAUAAAACAUCACCCUGCCACACCGAGACGUUACCAAACCAUGGCCGGGAUUAGACGAGCUACUGAUAAAUACCCUGGAGUCAACCCAGCCGUCAGUUGCUGCCGCCUGCGUCAGGUUCAGUCUCUCCUCAGCGAUAGCGAUUCAUCCAGUUCUGAUGGCAUCCUGUGCUCUCUUGGAAUUGACAGUAGGUACAAUGAGGGCUGCACGGAGCUGGCUAAAUACCUCUUCUAUGGCCUCUAUGGAAGAAGUCCCAUCAACAUGGAACAUUCCCUGGAGGGGUUCUCAGAAGAAAUGCUGGAUGACGUCAUCCUUCUGAUUAAGGCCGAGUGUGUUCACCUCUACUGCAACCCAGUCAACUUUAGCUACCUGCUGCCUCAUUUGUCUCACUGGAGGAACCUGCACCUCUACUGCAUGACGGAGUUGGAGUACCAAGAUGAAGAGGCGGCAGAGGAGUUCAAAAUCUCCAGUUUUGUCACAAUGGUGCAAGACUGCCAUCGCAUUGGCGUCCCCUACAGCUCCCUUGGACAUGUGCAAAAGUUUGACAUCUUCAUGGUGGAAAAGUGGCCCCUCAUCCAAGCCUUCGCCCUGGAGGGCAUUGGUGGAGGAAGCUUUUUCACCAUGAAGUACAAGUUGUCAGACAUGAGCGAGCAACUGUGGCAGCUUUACAGCCGACUGGACUCUGUGUCCCUGGACCAGCUGCUUGCCCAGGAUUUGAGCAGCUUUGAAAGGCAGUGGAGCAGCUUUUUCUCCAGCAUGGACAUGGAGAGUCAUCUGUCCAUUUUGGAGCUGUCUGAGGCUCAGGCAGGAGAGGCCUUCCGUAUGUAUUACUCACAUGGGCUCAUCUCAAGCAAUAUCACGGACAAAAAUAAAGACAGGCAGCCCUUCGUGUUGUUUGGAGCACACUCGUCAUCAGAAGACAUGGACAGUUACUCCUUCAACUUUCCUUCUGAGAGUCAUCAAGUUCGCAGCACAGGACCUGCAGGCGGCGCAGCGCGACACAUGAUUUUGCAAUGUGUUGCUCCCAGAGGAGCGUUAGCCUGCUGUCGGACCUAUUUCUUUGGAACCACACACACCCCGUACCUUGGGAGUCAACACACAAAGCCAAAGAAAACUGAAGUCUCGCUGUUGUCUCACAUUUACUCAGCUGCUGUUCAAGCAGUUCUUGCAGGAAUCAAAUGCUUCACCAGAACUUCCAGUACCACCAAGGCUAAAGAUGUAGCAGAACACACCUUCUUGGCCACUUUGGACUCCUUGAAUUUAAGUGCAUACUGUAGUCUUCUGAGAUCCAGAUGUGAAUUCAUCAUUCAGGCAGCCAAUAAGCAGGGGCGGCUCCUUCCUCUGACUGAUGCUGCAAGCCGCUUUGUCAUAAAAACAGCCUCCAUGACAGUCCACGACAUCCCAGAUCUGCAGGGGUGUGGGGGCAACCUGGGCUCUGUGGUCUUCUCUGAAGCUUUCCUUGAGUCCAGCAUCAGCAUUCAACACAAAGAUGGCACUGUGUCCUCAGACAGCUGCUACACCAUCCUAACUGCAAACGUGCCUCGGUACGCCUGCUGGAUGAUGGAACCUGAUGUCAAGCAGUCUGAGCUGGCCCUGCAACUUACAAAGAAUGAGGAAGACUCUUGUCUGGGAGGUGCUUUAACCGUAGCAGACGCAGCAUACGUGUUGUCCAGCAGUCAUCUUUCAGCACCUGAAGACGGUAAGAUCAGCUUCUUCUCUGGCGGGCUUCUGUUUGUCCACUCUCAGUACGGAAGCAUCACUAUCUCCCACAAACACAUCAAUGCCAUCAGGUUCUAUGACCCGGACCCUAGUGCGGUGUUGUCUCUCUUUGUGGACUACAAGAACAGCCUGCUCCCUCACUUGCCCUUCCCCUUCCACAGUGCCGACCAGUGCCUGCUUUUUGCCAUUCAGCCCAAGUCAAAGGGUUGCAGGUGCUUCUACUCCAAGGUUUUGCCAGAGUGGCGAAGUGCUGAAUCUGGACUGGCUGUGCACUCAGUUGACCAGGAUCAGCUGACGUGGAGUCACAAAAAAAUGCACAGUAGGCUGCAGCAGCUGCAUGAUGGUCAGGAGCCUCCAGUGGCCAAACGCAGAGGCACCUUCAAGACGUUACACUCACAUCUGCCAGAGCAGGACAUGUUCCUGCAGCACUUUUCCCUGAGCAGCAUCGGCGAGGAGCCUAUACAAUUUGACCACCUGGGGGCGCUCUUCCCUUCCGGAAAGCUGAGCAGAAACUCCAGCAGCCAUGGAGACGCCAAGGUUGUGAUCACCGUUAUCAGUGGCCUACCGGGAAGCCACAAGGAGACGCUCUGCAACUUCCUAGUCCGGCUGAACAGAGAAUAUGGAAGGUGGUUGGUGUAUCCACCUGCUGCUGACCCUUGCCACGUCUUCUCAGCCACUCACCUGCAGGGCUUUUUGUCUGAUUUCUCAGAGAACCAAAAGAGGACGCUGGGAGGGAAGUGGCGCCUCUUGGUGCUCUCACCUGGAUACGCGGACGUUCUAGAUGUUGUUCGGGCUGUGCUUUUCCACCCGGACCCUGUUGUCCAGGCCCAUUUCACCAUCGGCACUGUUACUGCCUGCGUUGAUCCACUGGCCUCCUGCAUGGAGCACAGGUUUGCCUUUCCUAAACUGUUGGAGCAGUGUAGUCAAGGUAUCAUAAGUGUGGUGGUGUUCACUGGGCCUGCAGCAGAGCAGAAGCAUCCCUUGGUGCAGCAUGUUCAGCAGCUGAUACGCACCGCCAACCCCACCGCGGCCUUCGUCUUGGCAGCGAGGGGAGCGGUCACCAGGAAUGAAGACGUCAAACUAAUUUUGUCUGAGAGCAGCUUCAAUGGACCUCAGAUGCUGAGAGCACGUUAUGUCCUCUACCCAGGCUGGUGCACAGGGCGCUUCCUGUCUGGCUCUGGGUCUCUGGUCCUCGCUCAGCAUCGCGUGGCAUUCAGCCGGCCUCUGGAGAAGCCUCUAUUUGUGGUCCGCUGUAAAGCGUUCAAAGCAUCGCUGAGGCCGAGCCCUUUCCGAGGGAAUGUCUACAAUCUUGCUGGAAAAGUCAGGUUUUCUGACUCUCAGCACGUGAUGGAGGUGAGCUACAACACUGUGACCGGCAACCUCAUCAUCAUCCCGGAGCAGGGCAUCGACCCCUUGAUCCAGGGCGGCGUUCAAAGGAACGAUACCUCCUGCUUCCUGGUCUUCGAUGGGGUCGGCCUGGCUGAGGACGGACUCAAGGACUGGCUCAGACUGUGCACCAAGCAGAGACAGACCAAGAAGCCUAAAAAAACCGAAGCAACUCUUUCACCGCAAGAAAUCAAGAACAUUCACAUGAGCAGACACUUGGACCCACUACCACCAGGUUUCUUCUACAACGGUUAUCAAUAUGUGGACAUCUUUGGAGAGAAAAGAAACAGUCAUCCCAACAUGGAUGAGUUCAUCAAGGAGUACGUGGCUGAGGCCAACAAAGACAUCGAGCUGUUCAACCGCCAGCUGGAGUUGCAGGUGCAACCGGACCUGUUUGAUCCUUGAAGGAGAGCCGCAUGUCGAUUCGUGCCAGCUGUUGGUCUAAUUUAACGCCGGGGGGGGGGUCAAGGAGGGCAUGGGGGUCACUGAACACUUAACUACAAAUCCUUUCUUUCUGGUGCCAAGUGCAGGCGACUUUUGGAUAAGUUGUGACGUGUGUUUGCAACAUGAAAGUCGUCCACUCUUCCACCACACCGGCGAGCUUCGCGGCCUCACACGAUCUAAGGGAAUUUCCAUUCCAAUUUUCCUGCAGCAUGUGCCUUUGUGUUUAUCGCAUUUGGCAAGUUAAUGCCUCUAUUUUUGGCCCGACGUGGAUAUCCGUGUGAUUCCGGCGGGCUCCCUGGUGGGGUUUCUCAAGAAUUGUCGUCACCCAAUCCGCCGAGCACCUGUCUACUCGUCUGCGUGCUGUGCUCGGCCGCCGAGAUGUAAACACGGUACAAUCUGUGUGCUGUUGAGACAACAGCGUUAUUUUAAGACUUCCCGCCGUGAAUCUAAUGAAAGUGCAAUUAAGCAAACGCGGGUCCCCGCAGCAUCGUUUCACAACAGCUGAGGCCGGUGUUAUGUGUCCACCAGAAUCUUCUCCUGUGUUACUAGGAAGAAAGCAGAUUUUAGAGAUAGACGCAACUAAGCCCCGCUGCACAUCACACAUCUAACACUGUUAGUCAGCAUUUGUUAAACAUUCUUGUCUUUUAUCUAGAAGAGACAAAGCAAGGUGUUCAUUGCAUGUCUUCCUACACAGCAUUAGCAAUAAGAGCUAAGGGUUAAGGGCAUGAAAAGAUGGAGGGUCCGUAUUUUCAUCCAUGAUAGGGUCAGAAGUGUAGACAAACGCUUUUGUGCCGGUUGGAUUUGUCUAAUAAUCACUGAGGCAUUCCGUGUCGCUGCUAAAACACAAGUUUACUGGCGCUUUAGAUCAUAACAAAGCUGUGCUGUCAGUGUGAAAACAACACUGAGUGAGGAAAAUUGGCAAAGUUUUGACCCCCCAAAAAUGUGACCCCAUCUACCUCAAGCAUCUUGGGGAAGAUAACAAUGCAAACAGUGUUAUAGCACACUGUGUGACGUAAGACAUCCAUUUAAAAGGGACCGGUAGAGUGCGGAAAUGCAGCAUGUGCCAAUUUGAACCUAGUAGGGAUGCUCGAUCAGGGUUUUAUGCUGCCGAAUCAGAUACCGUUCACAUUAGAUUAACAUUUUUUUCUUUAUUUAUGAGGAGUGCUAGUUGCUUGUGGUGCUGAGUAAGGGGCAAAAGUUAGAACAAUCCCAAGGUCCCCUGACUGCCAGAGGGCCCAAAAAAUAGGUCAUUGUUAAAAAAAUCAAAAGGGAUGCGCCCAACUCGAUUUUUUUCCCCAUGGGGCCCAGUAUUCCUGGUUGUACCCCUUCAUUUAGACAAAAACAUAUUUGACUUACUUUUCCAAGAGAGCAUGUAUGACUGCUGAAACUUACAGAAGAUGAGACGCCUUUUUUAAGGAGAGUUUGGAUGUGCGAUUACGUGGUUUGAUAGCAUUCUAACAGGACUCCAAGUGAGAGAGCAGUUGGCAAACCGGGUGUCUUCCACCGCUCAGAGAGGCUGCUCAUCUAGUCCAAUGAAUUCAGUUAUUUUUCGGGUUAUUUGCUUUAGCCUGAUGACCGUCACGCACAUACGGGUGAGGGUUGUCCAGCAUUGGCAACAUUAGCUGUUUGGCUGAUGAUCACGUCGUGAGCCUCAAAACCUCACCAUACUCCCUCAAGUGUUUGUUCUUCACAAUUUGUAUUAAAACUUUUAAUGUGCUACCCCUUCAAGAUAUUUUUUGUGACAUGUUUUGGAGGGUGCAAAAUUGAUAUCACUCUCACAAACUGCAAGUAAAUUCCACACGGCAGACAUGUUUGUUUUAGGUUUAGCGUGCCUGCUCAGUGUGAAGGAAAGUGGGCAGGGAACAAUCGCUACAGGCUGCAUGCUGCAUAGUACGAGCCACAGGCUUUUGUGAUUGGCGUUGAAAGGCAUUUAUCGGCAUACGCCGAUAAUGUGCUUGUUCACGGAAAUCGGACGAUAUUGAUUGGUGGCAGAUCAGUCGGAGCAUCCCUACUACCUAGUGGUGAAAAUGAAGAGUUGUUGUUGCUUACGGUAGACUAAUGAUGCGUUCAGGACAACUGGGAAGUCGGAAAAGUCCUACAUGCAGCUUACAAUGUCCGAACAGAAAACAUAUCAAAUGUGAGAAAAAAACAUUGACACGACCAGGAUAAGCCAGUAUUUGUCAGCGACAACAAAACAAAUCUGUUUUUGUAUUAUACAGGACCAAAUAACUUAAUAAAGAGAUGAUAUAUUGAUAUAGUUACACCAGGGGUGUCCAAACUUUUUCUGGCAAGGACCGCAUACAGAAAAUUGAAUAAGAUGGGGGACCACUUUUAAUACCACUUUUGUACUAAAGCAAUGUAGUUCAAUGCAGUCAUCCCUCACCACUUCACUUCACUCUUUUAUUAUUAUAAAAAAUAUAUAAGAAUUAAUAAAUCAUGCUGUUUCGUGGUUGAAUACGACCUAUUUGUAGUAAAAAAAAAAAGCAUAUUUAAACAAAUGUUAAGUAUUUUAUGCCUAAAUUAAGCAUUUUUGUUUGGUUUGGUUUGGUUUGGUUUAAUUUAUUUCGAACAUGCAUAUGUCCAAAAAGGAGUAGGAAGAAGCAGAGCUUAUUUAAUCCUACCCGGUCUUCGUAGCACAUCAAUUGCUAAUACAUACGUGUGUAUACAAACCUUUUCAAACAUAAAAAUGGCUAAACUGACUAAAAUACAAAUAUAUGGCAUUCAAAGACACAAUGACAUAUGGUAUUCUACACCGGUCACUAGGUGUCACUGUAAUGUUUGAUGAGACACUCAAAUGCCAGACUUGUUUGCCGGAACAACAGGCUUUUAUUUCAGGUUUGAUUUAUCUCACAACAGGCACAAUAAUCCCUAACACGAGCGACUGUUGCGGCCGUAACCAACGCCAAUCUAAAACCCAACUCUGAAUCCCCGAGGUCACUUCUUAUGUGCCCCUCAUUCAGCUCUCCCAACGGUUUUUCUUGUGAGAGCUACUUUUACAAAAUGAAAAUGGCCAAUUGCCACUAAUUUUUAACAUUUAUUUUUAUUGCAUGCAUUUAUUUCUAGUGUUCUCACAUUAUAAACUGAAAAGCUGAAUGAAAAGCAGACUGGCGGGCACAUCAUGUGGUCGUUGGUGGAUACCUAGUGCCCGCGGGCACCAUGUUCGUGACCCCUGUCCUACACUGUCUGAAUAAAACAUCCACAUCUUAGCUUUGUGUUAUAGCUGACAAAGCAAAUUAGUGUAAUAUGCAGUAAUAUACAGUGCAAAACAUGCAAAAAAUAAGAAAUCGGGAAGGGGGCAAAUACUUUUUCACACCACCGUAUCUUAUGAUAAAUCAUAUCUGUCAACCCUCCCGUUUUAACCAGGAACUUUUGUGAAGGGAGCUCAUGUGCAAGAUAAGAAUUUUUAUCUUAUUUUACUACAAUAUGCAGAGGGCCAUUAUAAAACGAUUUGUGGGCUGAAAAUGGCCCCCAGGCUGCACUUUGGACACCCCUGAUGUACACAAUAUUUUACUUGCUAAACAGGUGACGUCAGUUCAAUUUUAUUUACAUAGCACCAAUUCACAACAGAAGUUAUCUCAAGGCACUUUACACAUGGAGUGGGUCUCCAAGCAAGCUUCUCGUACAUUAAAGCAUGAGCAAGCAUUUGGUGACGGAGGCAAGGAAAACCUCCCUCUAGGGAAGAGACCCUGAACAGAACCCCGGCACUUUGGGGCGGCCGUCUGUGAAGAGGAAACGGUAGUCUUUGCUGAACUGAGCUCUCCGUCAGUACUAGAGUAAAGGUGCAGAUAGGUAGAUAGGUUUCUGACUUCCCAGUCGGCUGGACUGCAUCGAGAGGUUGGAAUGUGAGUGGUUGUGUCACUUUGUGAGGGGACCACACUGGACACCUACAUCAUGACUCAUUGUGGGUUGUCAGCUUUGUGUGUGGCUGUCUCAAAGAAAACAUGAAUAUUACAGGUUUUUCUCUCCAGGUUGGCAGGCCAAAAGUGAUAAAAGCUAUUUCCCCUUGUGUGUGUGUCUGUGCAGAUUUAUAUAAUCCUCAACCCCCUCCCCAGCCCUGCUCACAAGCCAUACCAUUCAGCGCUAGAUGUGCCACUGUCUUUUCCAAUAACGGAAUGCUUAGAAUAGUAACGAAGUAAGCCUCUAAUGUGUUCCUCUUAGCCAGUGGAAGAAGGUCAACGGUCACUUCUUGUAGUAACUUCUACAUUAAUAGAAGUGUAAUUGUACCUGAUGUUUCGACUGCAUUAUUCUCAUCAGCUCUUUAAGGACAAAGUGUUACUGUGCUGCAAAAUGACACUGCUUUAUUGGAGAAAAACAAGCAAUGCCUCUGUGGCUCUUUUAGAUUGACAGAUUAACAGCAGGAUUACGGUGACGCCGGAUUAAAUGUAACUGAAAUCCUUUGUAUGCACAAAAAAAAAAAAAUGCUAACAAAAGCGGAGCCUGGUGGUUUUCCCUCGCCGCGCUCUCUCCGCCAGCUCCCUUACCCCGCCCCGACCCCCCCGCAACAGUUGCUCGCCUCUCUGCAAGUUAGUUACGUAAGGCCGCAGAGAUUUACCUCCACUGACAGCAAAAUAGCUGUGCAGAAUUUUUGGGAGCACAGAAGGCUGCUUAAAUUGGUGUCAAAGAGUAGGAGUCCAGCACAAACCCUAAUUGGCCAAAAUAAGUCCUUAAAGAGUGGAGAGUUCUGCAGGGUGUGAUAUUUCAAUGAUUAUACCACUGAGAUUAUACUCACACAUAUACUAUACGGAAUAUAUGAAUACCACUACUGUUUUGCAUGUGUUAUGAUGUCAUUGUAAUAGGAUGUCACCUCAAUCCCAAAAAUGCCUUUCACCAACCUGGUAGGACAAAGAGGAGAUAAUCCUUUAUUUUACAAUACUGUACCUCCAAACAGCAAAUGGUAUUUUUGUACAAAUGUGAAUUGAUCAUUGGAGAUGUACUUAAAAAAACACACACAUCUUGUGAGAGAUGAGGUUUCUCAGAACCAGCAGUGCCUUGGCUACAGCUCAGACCUUCAUCCUGGUCCUGUGCCUAGGCCGAGGGGAUGUGGUCCGCUUGGGUUCGUCUUUAAACAGUGUUGGUGAAAGGAAUCUGUGGAAUCAUCCUGCAAAGCAGUGUGUUUCAUUUUUUUUUCUCAGCCAGAGGGCAAAGUAGGCUCAGUCACACAAGACGAAGCUGCCGGAGGGCCCGAAAUAAUUACUGCACAGGAACCUAAAACAUGUUUGGACAAUGUACCAGAGUCAGCGCAACAAUACGUAUAAGGACGAGUAAUGUAGUUCUUAAAAAGCUUAAAAAUGUAUGCACAUAGUGGCAUGUUUUAUGGCAUCUUGUCUGACCAAAAAAAUGAGGAAACGGCACAUUGAUAGAGAAGAAGUGCUUUUAUUUUAAGCUCGAAUCAAUAGGGGCCAGCAUUCUGUACAUACAACAUAGUGUACCUUCUAAGGCUGGGGUGUGCACAGUGCGGCCCAGGGGCAGUUGUUGGCCCACAGCUCUUUUUUGGGCCCUCGAAUUCUUGUAAAAUGAAAAUAUAUUUUUGAACAUUAAUAAUAUAAAAGUGUGAUUAUUUUUCUGCAUGUUUCGACACUCCUACUUUAAGGUCAAACGUUCAGCGACACCACCCAAUUUCCGAUUUAUUUAUAAAAGCAAACGCAUUAAAGACAAUAAAGCAGUCCAUUUUAACGUUUAUAACAAGUGACAGCAACUAUAUUGUUCCUUUUGUCUGAAGAAGUGUCCCAAAAAGACCCUAAAAACCAAAGAGUUGAUCAUUGCUGGCUGAAAGCGAGCCUCGUCAGGUACGCUGACGUCGCACAUGGCGGCGGUACGAACUACUCUGAGUCUUGUGUGAUUUUAGAGGUGGAAUUUUUCUGAAAAUGCGGUCAAAUUCUACUACCUCAGAGAUUUGGGAUUUUGAGGUCCUACUGUACGCAGAUCAUUCCAAUAUACUUAAUAAUUGGGGCUUCAACAUGGACUAAUAACAUGAAGAAGUGCUCAUCUCUGGACAGGAUUGAAAGUGAAAAUCUUAACUAAAAUGAUCUAGUUUGGGACCCAAUUUUCUAUUGAGUCUUACCCCAAACUGACUUUUCUAAUACCCCACUUUGCACUUGCGGGGUCCCCAAAGUGCCCUCCACAAGCCUCUUUUUGUACGUUUAGUUCUACACAGCUCUCUGGCAGACCAGCACCUUGGUGUCUUCUUGUUUUGUAGCUGAAGUUAUAGGACAAAAACAAAGUUUGGUGUAAGUUGAAGGGGAGUGACGGGUUAUAGCAUCAAACUGUGUAUGGAGGAAUUGUUUCUAUUGGCCAUCAAUGUGGAAUGUAAUCACUUAUAGAAGAAACGGAUAUGAACACUCACUUUUAAACGUCCAAAUGUAUUUCUCAGGCCUCGGGGACGGUCAGUGCAAGGAAUAAUUUGGGUUUAUUUUGUCCAGCGAGAGUUUGCAUAUCUGACCUGCCCAACGUGAGGGUGGGGUGAUGAAACUGGCUUAUAUGUUUUGUCUGAAGCACCAGGUUGGGCACUUGCAAGAAGGAGGAAGCUUUUAUUUGUCUCCCAAAUCAAAUUGUGAUGGAUUUUGAUGUCAUGCCGCCACAAUUAGAUUUGGAUAAUAAAAAUCUAAACAAAGGGCUUAUAAUUAAAUAAAAAGGAACUUAUUGUAUUGUGAACAAAGAGAGGCCUCUCUUAUUUCAAAGGUGCCAAACUGACUCCCACAUUUUGUCUUGGAGGGCGUCAAAUUGUAUUUUGCACAAAAGCUGCUGUAACUUCUGUUUUUUUCCUGUGACUGAUGCUUUUUUUAAUAUACAUAUAUGAUAAUCUCAUUGUGUACUUUCUGCACCAUGUGACUCAUUAAAUAUUGAUACUUGUCUUCUGUGAA